AUGAUUGCUGGAUCUUCCGGCAGCGGACCCUACAGAGCCCCUGGAGAUGUGAAGCCAAGCUGGAAGUGGAGCACGGCGAUGGCAAUGGGUUCCGCCCAAGAUCAAACCAAGUUUCGUCAAGUCCUCAGCCAGGUGAACCAUUAUAUGAAGCAACACGGAUCCUGGUAUGACUUUGUUCUUACAGACAAUGAACUGGUCACUAUCCGAAGACUAGAUGGCAACGGCCGUUUAGAGCUUUUGAUGCCAAUUUUCUGGGAGAAUCGUGGGACAGCAGCCCAGCCGUGUCUCACAGUUAUGCUAGCCCUGUGGUAUCUUGGAAUGCUUGCUGCACAAAAUCUGGGUCAAGAUCAGUGUUGUCUACUAUGA